AUGCUGCGCUCUAUGGUUCUACGAGGCAAUGCCUUGACGCAGACCACCCGACUGGCUGCGUCCAGGGCCAUGUCGAGCCAGGCGCUCUCCAACCCGACCCUGUCCAACAUCGAAAAACGCUGGGAGGGAAUGCCUCUCCAGGAGCAGGCCGACCUGUGGAUGGCCCUGCGUGACCGCAUGAAGGGCAGCUGGAACGACCUGACCCUGCAGGAGAAGAAGGCCGCUUACUGGAUCGCCUUCGGCCCUCACGGCCCCCGCACCGUUGACGCUCCCGGAGCCGGUGCCCGUGUUGCCUGGGGAGUUGCCGUUGGCCUUGCCGCCUCUCUCGCUCUCUUCGCUGCCAUCCGAGUUGCCGCCAAGCCUGCGCCUUACACCAUGAACAAGGAGUACCAGGAGGCCUCUAACGAGCUGCUCAAGGCUCAAGGUGCUGAUCCCCUCACUGGUAUCUCUUCUCCCGGCUAUACUGGCAAGGGUGUUGUUCAGUCCCCUCCCAAAAACUAA